AUGGACUCGGAAGACAAGCUGUCGGGUCCGCACCGAGAUGACCACGGCGAACCACAAACUCCCGAAAGUAAUGUUUCAACCUACACAAGACUCGGAGUGGGUGGCAUUACAUCGCCUCAAGGCAGAGUUUUGAGACCUCCGUCAGCAGCAAGUCGACAGUCAUCAGCAGCAGCAAGCCGACGGUCAUCGGCUUUUGGACUUGCUUCCCGGAGUGCCUCGUCUGCUUUGGGUCUAGGACAAGAGAACGACAUCACAGACUUGAGCAGCUUGGCAGAUCGGCUUGCGAGGUGGCAUUCACCUCAAGGCACCCUCGAGGUGACCGAGAAUCAAGAGGAGACUGAGGUAGGAAGAAGCAGUCGACCGAGUUCAAGAAGUUUAAGCCGAGGAAGUGGCGCUCACGAUGAUGCACCUGACAGGCGAGGAAACGACACGAGCGCCGAAGAACAAGACGAAAGGAAGGACAGCAGAAAGAGUGGAGAAGAGAAGCUACUUCUCGACAACGAAAAACUCCGCUUGGACAGAGCUCAGUUGGAGAAGGAUAUCAAGGUUCUCGAACGACAAUGGGACGAGCAAGCAGAUGAGAUCCGAGAACUGCGGGCAGAACAGAAAGCAACAGAGUUGUCUGCCGAGCGUCGACAGCUGGACAUGUUGGAACUUCAGAUGUCGAAAGAAGAUGCGGAUAAAGAGCUGGAGAUCUCAGAAGCGCGAGUCGCUGAAUUGGAAGAACAAGUCGCACGGCUCCGACGUUUGGAGGGUGUCCAGGAAAAGUUGAACAAGGCAGAAUGGCAAUUGGGUGAUUAUUAUAACGAGCUCGAAGGCAAGGAAGCUGAGUUCAUCCGAUUGCGCCAGGAAGUGGAAGAGCUCAAAGCGUCCAAUGGUCCACUUGAAAGAGCCCUCCAGCGAAGCGAGCAAGAACGUGACAACCUGAAUGCAGAGAUGCAAACCGUCCUCCAGUGGAUGGAGAAACUGCAUGAGCAGCAGGUCAAGAGCGAUAUCGACCAAUUCCGAGAAUAUGACAACCAAUUACUUGAGCGUUUGGAUCGACGAGAAGCCGCGCGAAACCGUGGUUCUGUUGGGUCAUCGCCGCCACAGCACGAGGUUCUCGGUGAUUUCAUGUCUUCACGGCCACAGAGCCUGACUAGCCAGUCAAGGAUCUCGUUGGUGCCACACGGCCUUGACGCUGAAAGAGGCGUCCGCUCGAGGCCGCAGAGCACGGCAAGCUGUGUGCCAGAGUCGGCCGCCGUGCAUUCCUCUCCACGGCCAGCCAGCAUGGCUCCGGCGGCGUCGAGCCAGCCGGAUGAUGGCGCAUAUCAUCAGCGACGGGAAAGCCGAAGGAUCUCUUUCCAGGGACUCAACUCACGUCAGCAUUUCGAUAUUCCUCCUAUUCAUCGUCGAUUAGAGCUUCUGCGGAGGAGGACCACCCCCCCAACCUCGUCGCGUCUGAGACACUCUUCAAUCCCGGCAGAAUCUCGUUUAGAUGCGUUUUUCCGACCAAGUAAUGUUCCGUCAUCGCCGAGUCUCCUGGAUCUCGCCAGCACCGAUGUCAGCGAAGGUCUCUCUAGUCGUGCUCUCUCAGCUCCCAUCACCAAAGAAGAGCACGCAGAGCUACGUGAAUAUGUGAAGGUAAAGUUUCCUGUACCGAUCACGUGGGAGAACGCCAAAACUCGGGCAGUCUUUGAGCCUGAGCAUACAACACCUCCUGAAGAGAGCCAGGCCGUGCCUCUCGAAGUGGGCCAAGCCGCGUUCUUCGAGGAAAGUCUGGCUGUACGUCCUGGAGAGAGCCAGUUCGAACCUCUUGAAGAGAGUCAGGGCACGGCACCCCGCGGUGUAGCCUCGUUGGCCAGUCCAUUUGAGUGGCAGAUCUUGGGAUUAACUUUUGGCAAUAGUGUUAGUAAACAUCCCCAGCGACGUACCUCCCAGCAGCCUGCCGCAAUCACCAUGAAGCUGGAAGGACCGUCGUUUGACUCAUCGAAGGAUUCUGUGCAGGCCUCCGCAGAGGUGGCCAAGUAUGUUCCUUCAAGCCCACUGUUGGCGGAUUCUUCCAGGAAUUCGAACACCGCCGAGUUGAUAAAGGCCACUGGCAGUAGUAGCCCUGUCAGUCCACUUGUGGCUAGUUCCGGCUUGCGCAAGAGACGUGGCGAUUUCUCCUCGGUGACAGCGCUGGGCUCACCGAUAGCAAAAAGUCGCGACUUAUUCGAUUCUCUAGGAGCCCAUUCACCUACAAGUCCAACGAAGAGUCCGAACAUGAAGGCACUCCCCUCGCCGAGGUCCACGUCUACUUCUACUACACCGCGAAGUCCUUACAAGAUUCCUCUGCCUGCUAGCGACAAUGAGGCCGAAGGGGCCGGGACCGCUCUCAUAACGUUCGUCGAUGCGUUCGAACCACUCCCUCUCUACAAGCGCAGAGAUGGCGGAGUACGCAAACCUGCGCUGAGGCGCAUUCGAACUGGUCCUGUCCUGUCCGCUCCCAGGCCCGUUGUUACAGCUCUGUCCGAUGAAGUAGACAUAGACGGUCUCGCAGCUCAACAGCAGGUAAGUUCAGAUGUUGCUGCCACCACACUUCCACAGGCUGCGCUUGCGGCGAGUCAGACACAUGAGUCUACAAGGUCGGGAGCAGUGUCCAUGGGUAUUCACAGAUCAGAGGCCGACGUUGGCCCCUUGCCAAGAUAUACCGAAGGAUCGGCAGACAAUGAACAGAAGGGAGUGGACGCGGACCGCGAAACUCGGCCACAUAUCGUCGCGGGUGUGUUGGUCGCAAUCAACAUAGCGAUGUUUCUAGCAGCGAUGCUCGUUCUCUACACCAACCUCUCGGUUCUCAGAGCACCUACUCCUGUGUGGACGUCGGCACCUGCUUCGGCAUGUCCCCCCCGUCAGAUCGGCUGCGACAACCCUGAUUGGGAAUCAUGCAAUAGCGUCCAUGAGGUCCAUUUCGACAAGAUGACAGAUCCGCUGUGGAUGACCUCGACGUUAACGGAGACAUCGACUGAAAUUAUAACAGAGAGAGCCACGGAAACUCAGACGAAGACUGAGACAGAAACCUCCACUAAGAUCGACUACGAGACACAUACCAAGAUAGUGGUGUCGACAGAAUUGCUGGCCUUGACCACCUUCGAGACACAAUUUAUCGCAACAGAGACGGAAGUCGAGGUCGAGACCUUUACUACAACAUCAACAUCGACGCUCGUUCAAACGCAAACCGAGACCGAGAUCUCGACAUCAACAGCAACAGCUACAGUGACGAAACUUGAAGUCGAAGUCGAAACCGAAACCGAGACGCUCAUCAAGACUCACACUUUCACAGAAACAGGCUCUCUAGCGUUGUGCGCCGAUCCUCACUUCCCUCGGGAUCUGCCCAUCCUUCCACCAACGCGAUCCUUCACGGGUGCUCAAUUCCCGAGUUUCAUGCUCAUGGAUCCCGCGUCCGGCCACCCGAAGCCUGUUCCCGCCCCGCGACCCGUACCAUCCACAGGCAUAUCACACUCGUCUGCGUCGCCAUGCGAAUGCGCCUGCCCUCACUCUCACCCAGUUCCCAGCUCGACGUCAACGAGAACCAUGGGGUUGACAAACUCCCAAAUCGACGCCCGAGCCGCGAAGGUCAAGCAGAGGACCGCUCAGUCGCAGAUGCACAUGCAGCAUAACCGCGCGUACCUGGGCCGCACGUACUGGGGCUUCAUCCCGGAGGUGCAACGCUUCUUGGACAUCGUGCACUUUGAAGUGACGGAACUGUUGUUGGGCGGCACGCGGGGAAUGCGGAAGUAUUAA